AUGGCGUUUGGUGCUGCUGCUUCUUCCUCUUCUAGUAAUCAAGAAUAUGUUCUAUGUGGUACAGAUUACCUCAAAAUAUAUAAAACCACUACCGCCGACAACAGUCCAGAGGUAUCUGCUGCGGGAUUACAAUCUGAUGAGCACAAAGAUACAUCUGCUUCUAUUGAUUUAAGAGUGGAAGAAGAAGAAGAACGAUCUCCGUAUGUAAUUGUUGUCCAAGGACCUCGCAAGGUUGGGAAGUCCACGUUGAUUAGGUCACUAGCAGACCAUUAUGCCGAUGCAAAUCGAAAGCUUGUUUUGGUAUGCAUGCGAGACUCCGUUACCAUCAUAACAGGGAAGAGAAGAAGAAUACAGUUUGUGGAGUGUCCGAACAAUGUUAAUGGUAUGCGGAAUGCUGCAAAGUACGCUGACGCUGUCAUAUUGCUCAUGAAUGCAUAUGUUGGGUUUGAAAUGGGAACAUUCGAGUUUGUUAACGUCUUAAUUUUGCCAAAGGUUAUAGGGGUGCUGACAUCUCUUGAUAUGUUCGGAAAUAAUUUUGCCAAACGAAUAAGAAUCGAAACAUGCCUCAUCCAGCAUUUCAGAAUUGAGGUAUGUAAAGAAGCACGAUUGUUUUGUUUAUCUGGGCUCGAUCAUGGGAUGUACAAGAAGAGUGAAAUUCUUGAUCUGGCAAACUUCAUAUCGGCUAUGGAUUUCCAUCCUUUGUCAUGGAAAGCUGCACAACCAUAUUUGCUGGCAGAACAUUUUGAAGAUACAGCUGCUAUUGAUCUUACUGUGAAAGAAGAAGAACCUCCGUAUGUUAUUGUUGUCCAUGGACCUCCCGAGGUUGGGAAGUCCCUGUUGAUUAGGUCACUAGUAGAGCAUUAUACCAAGGGAAAUCUUAAUAAUGUAUUAUACAUGCAAGGCCCGGUUACGAUCGUAUCAGGAGAGCAAAGACGAAUACAGUUUGUGGAGUGUCCGAAUAGUCUUAAUGGUAUGCUUGAUGCUGCCAAGUAUGCUGAUGCCGUCAUAUUGCUCAUUGAUACAUCUAUUGGUUUUGAAAUGGAAACAUUCGAGUUUGUGAAUAUUUUACGUGUUCAUGGCAUGCCCAAGGUCAUAGGGGUGCUGAUAUCUCGUGGUGUUUGCACAAAUAUUGGAAACCUAGUAAGAACCAAAAAAUACAUCAUGAAUCGUUUCUGUACUGAAAUAUAUCAAGGAGCAACACUAUUCUGUUUAUCUGGACUGGAAAAUGGGAAGUACCCGAAGCAUGAGAUUCUUGAUCUGGCAAGCUUCUUAUCUGUUAUGGAAUUUCAUCCUUUGUCAUGGCGAGUUGCACAACCUUACGUCUUGGUAGACCGUUAUGAAGAUGCCACUCUGCCAGAAAGAGUGGUGAUGGAUAACAGAUGCGAUAGGGACAUUGUUUUGUAUGGUUAUCUUCGAGGUAGUGAUAUCGAGCAAGGAACUAAGGUGCACAUUGCUGGUAUGGGUGAUUUAAAGAGGAGAUCUCUAAAAGGAAAAGAGGAGGAUGAGUAUCCUGGUUUCAGACCAGGGACUUAUCUAAGGUUGGAGGUCCGAGACGUUCCUUUCGAAAUGGUUGAAAAUAUUGAUCCCAAUCAUCCGAUUCUAGUUGGAGGUAUCAGUUCUGUGGAAGAAAAUGUUGGAUAUAUGCAGGCGACACUUAAGCACAGGAAAUUGUUGAAGACAAGAAACCCUAUCAUUGUUUCAAUUGGUUGGAGGCAGUACCAGACGAUCCCUGUAUAUGCCACGGAGGAUCAUCGCAGCAAAUGGCCUCGAAUGCUCAACUACACACCCGUAGACACACAGUGUCUUGCAAUGUUCUGGGGACCUCUUGCAUCCCCCAAUACUGGAAUUGUUGCUGUACAGUAUCUGCGGGACAAAAAGGCAGCGUUUCGUAUUUUAGCAACUGCCGUUGUAGUUGAUUAUGAUAUCGGGAAGAUAAUAAAGAAAUGCAAGCGGUCUAGAACUCCUUGGAAGAUCUCAGGGAAGACUGCUCUUAUUAAGGACCUUUUUAAAUCAGAUGAUGAAUUUUAUCGUUUUAAAGAUGCAAUACUUUGGACUGAGAGCGGAAUUCCUGGGAAGGUUGUACAGGCUGCAGAAAGGAUUGCGGAGUGCAAGUUUAAGCGCAGAAUUGUCAUGGGGGAUACCGUUUUCAUGCGAGUGCAGAAAGAAGUUGAGGUUCCUCGUUUCUUCAACCCAGUUGUACCUAUGCCUGGUUUAUCAGACGGGCCUGAGGAAUUUCGGAAAGUACGACGUAUGGUGGCCUUUGUUGAGAAACAGCCUAGCUUCCGAGACCUAACUAUUGCUAAGAAAUUUGAGCUGGAUCAUUGUAAUAAAGUGGAGCAGAAGGAAUUCAAGAAACAUCCAAUGCUGGUGAUUUAUGUAGAUACCUGA